AUGCCGCUGACGCCGCUGACGCCGCUCAUCUUGUCCCCCGCGCUUCCAUCUGAGCUGCUCACAUACAUCAUUCGACACCAGCAGCACCCUACCACGCUGAUCAUAUGCUCGUCGCAGGCAGCAUUUCUGAAUUCUCUCGUAGCCGACGCACAGGAGUCAUUAGAAGCGGCGUCUGGUGAAAGCCAAGCUCCCAGUCUCUCGCCCCUCCUCUCGGGCCCCCUCUACCAGGUUGCCAUAGCGCGACAUAUCCGCAUGUUAUUUGUUCCCACGGUUUCCCACCUGCGGGCCUGUCUUUCUGUCUUCACCACCAAGGACUCGAGGGUCCCACCGCCUCCGCCAACCACCGCUCAGGGGCAAGCAAGAACGUCGCCUCUUCUGCUAGUCUACGGCUUCCUCGCCCUGCACCGUGACACGAGUGAAUGGAGCGCCCAGGGAAUAAGUAGCACGGCUACAAACCUGGUGGAAGCUGCGAGGAGAGUCGGAUUUCGGGCUGUUGUGGUUGAUUCGUCUCGGGCAGCGGCGCAAGAUGAGGAUGGCACGGAAGAGCUGGACACGGUUGAUGAUGGUGAUGGGGUUGUGGGGAGCAAGACGGAGCAAAUGCUUUUGUCUGAGGAGGUCCCUGUGCUCAGUGCCAGUGCUAGGAGGGCCGGUGCUGAUCUGGACGAGGCUGACUGGACUGGGCGAACAGUGACUUUGAUGAGGGUCCUGGGGAGGUGGUUUCGUUACCGCCAAGGACACUGGGCGGAGGAGGUGCACGAGGACACAUGA